CGCAUUUGCAAUAUCGCUCCUUGCAAAUUAAUUUAUUCCGGGGAGAAUCAGGGUAAAACAAAAAAAAUAAAUAAAUAAAUAAAGUAACCAAAGAUACAGAAACUGAGGUGAAAAAUUGGUUGUAAUAUACGGUAACAUUAUGGGUCUGACAUUGAUUUUUGUUCAAUCGCUGCUGCUGGUCAGCGUCCUCAAAACUGUGUCCACAGCCCUGCCUCCUGGGAUCACCGCAUGUCCGUCGACACACGAUGUGGACACUUACGGCAAGUGCGUCCUGCAACAACUCGAAGCCAUCAGACCAUUUUUGCCUAAGGGAAUCGCUUCUCUUAAGCUGCCAGCCCUUGAUCCUCUGCUGCUGCCGUCCUUGACGGUCGACAGGAGCCUCGAAGCCCUCAAAAUCAGGGCGAACAUGAGCCAGGUUCGCGUCUACGGCGCCUCGAACUUUGUGAUUGACGAAAUCAAGGCCAACCCUAAGGACCUCAGUGUCGAAUUAAAGGUCACUAUGCCCCAUAUCCACGUCAAGGGCGAGUACGACGUCCAGGGAAGGUUGCUGCUCCUCCCUCUCAACGGACUUGGCAGUUUCAAGGGAAACUUCACCAAUACCAAGACUCAAGUUAUCGCCAACGGCAAAGAAGUUGCCGACAAAAACGGCGUGCAGAGAAUCGAGAUGGACCAAAUCGCCCUGAAAAUACGCGUCGGUGACGGUAACAUCAAGCUGAAGUCUCCCGUGAGGAACAAUUUGGCAGCCAACGCAGCCGAGGCAUUCUUCAACUCGAACCCUAGAUUGGUGCUUGACAUUGCCAGUCCCAUCAUCGAAGACACCGCGGCUACCAUCAGCAGAGCCUUGGUAACCAGAGCUCUUGGUGCUCUGACCAAAGAAGAGAUACUGCCUUGAAGAUACAGCCGAGUCACGAUCAGCUAACGGACGUACUAAUCUCGCAUGCAACCUCGACCCAUCUUGGCGGUUUCACAAACAGUAGAGACUGUAUGUGUCCAGGACCCAGAUGCAACAGGUCGGGGUUUCAUAUCCCAAAUAAAUGAUUUUUUUACA